CCUAAUCGACGCAAACGAUUAAUUAUCUUCCUAUCUCCGCUUUUGCCUUCGAGUUGAAACUCGUGGGAGCGAUCCAACAAAUUUAUUAAUGAAAAAAGAAAAAAAAAACAACGAGUAAUAGUUUUCUGGUGGCGGGCAGUGUUCGAGUUUCCAGAUAUUUAGCAAGGCACGCUACCAGUAACUGCUUCGCUCCCAACCGAUCUAUGGCGGCCCUUCUUUCUCUUUCCCCCGGCUCUGUUAUCAACCAACCGGCUACUUCUCACCAAUCAAGAAAAACAAUCGUUUGUCGCCGGAUCGCCCGAAUCCGAUGCGGUAAAGCAAGCCCAUCGACAGAUUCGUCAGCCAAGCAGGACGAGGAGGAGGAGACCGGGAACAAUGCUUUACUGAAGCUGGCUUGGUACGGGUCGGAGCUCCUGGGAGUCGCCGCCUCAUUGUUCCGUCCGCCGCGGGAAGUCGAAUCUCCGCUGAAGGGCGUCGAACUCGCGAGGGACGGUUCAGGAACCCUUGAUCGCUCCGUGGUGGUCCAGGCCAUCAAACAAGACUUCCAGAGAUCGUAUUUCGUCACAGGGAACCUUACACUUGAGGCGUACGAAGAGAAUUGCGAGUUUGCGGACCCAGCUGGUUCAUUCAAAGGGCUUCGCCGUUUCAAAAGGAACUGCUCGAAUUUUGGGUUGCUUAUUCAGACGUCGAAUAUGAAGCUCACCAAUUGGGAAGACUUUGAGGAUAAGGGGAUUGGGCAUUGGAAAUUCAGCUGCAUAAUGUCAUUCCCAUGGCGGCCCAUUCUUUCUGCAACUGGGUUUACAGAGUACUAUUUUCAUCCCCAAACUGGACGAGUUUACAGGCAUGUGGAGAAUUGGAAUGUGCCCAAAAUGGCGCUUCUAAAGCAGCUGUUGAGGCCCAGCCGAAGUAGCAGCAAAACCAAGGCCCCAGAGUGAGAUGAGCAACACAGGUAAGCCAAUAUCAUCAUCCAACACAAGUUGAGAACGAGAUACAACUGUUAUGAUAUAUGGUCUCUGAGAAAAAGAUUUGGAUACGUUGACAUCAACCAGUGGCGGCAUCUUUGUCUGUGUAUUUCCUUAAUACUUGUAUAGAUUGGGAUUUUCAAACCUUGAUCACUUUAAAGUUUAGAUUGAAGCAAACAAUUUCCGCCCGUCCGGUCUUUCAAUCUGACAAGCCUCCAGGAUAAGGUUAGGUAACAGCAAUUUGGAUCAACCGGUCAAACCGUAGAUCGUUUUUGUCCUAAGCGAUUAAGGUGUAGAUUGGUUUUGUCCUGAGCGAUGAAGUAGUAGAUUCCUUACCCCUAAAACGAUCAAUUCACGAACUGGACAAAAUAAAUAAUGUUCCCUACCACUCAUUUCUACUCAAUCUCAUUUCCUCUUCCUCACUUACGGAAGAAGCAAUAAUAGAAGCUUCCUUCAACUUUCCUCUUCAUCCCACCGAGCUCUACAUCUUCAUUACCUCAACUUCAUUUGAUAAAGUAAGAAUGAAUUUGUUUAAUAUACUUAUAUUUAAGUAGUUAUGUUUUGGGUCCCAUAAUGGAUUGGAAUUGAGAAUACCAUUCGAGAAACUAGGACACCUCGACAUGAUCAAUCUAGAUAAUCCGUAGGAUUAGUGAGAGAUGACAAUGUUGGUGGAGAUGGUCACAAUAAUCCCAUAUUCGAAAGAUCCGGUUAUCCGUACAAAAGCGGCAAGAAAUAUGAUUAAGAUUUGAGAUUUGUGAACGAGAAAGAAGACAAUGAAGGGAAUGAUGAGGAUAAGGGUUGCGUCAUCCCCCUACAUCUUACUACAAAAAUAUCCCACCUAUAUCUUAUAUGAUCACAUCGAUGACCCCCGACUUUCUCGCUCUGCGGUAUGGAACCCAAUAAUCGAGUUGAACGGGGUAUGGCAUUUCCUAUGAAGGAAGUUGUGGCUAAUGCUCUCAAAGAAGAAGCGAUGCAAGAGAAUUUUGAGUGGAAGGUAAAAUAUUUUGACAAAAAACGACUUCAUGUCAUAUGCAAGAAUUAUGGAGAUAACUUAUAGUGGGAAUUAUAGGCUACAUGGAUGAAGAUAAAGGGGGCUUCAGUAAUUAGAACAACGCAUAACAACCAUAGUUGCUUCUCGUGCAUACUUUCGCACUACCACCACCCAAUGAAUACGGAGAAAGUGAGUGUCACUAUCAAAUACUUGAUUGAGGCACAACCAAACAUCACCAUCAAAAUUAUCAUGGUUAGAGUCAAUGAUUACCAAUUCUACACAAUCACGUAAAAUAAGGAGCGGCAUGGAAAGCAAAAAGCCAUGGAUAACAAGUAUGGUGAUUGUGACGACUCAUAUGCUCUCCUCCCCAUACUGAUUUCGAAGAUGGAUGCAGAAAGUUUUUGUGCCAUGAUACAACAAUGUAGAAACUAGUGACUAAGUUUGGAUACAAAGUGAGCACAUGUUUCACCCUCUUCUGGUCAUUCAAGCUAUGCAUUGAUGAUUGGGUUUCUUUCACCCAAUGAUCCCAAUCAAUGGCACAUUCUUUAUUGUAAAGUAAAAAGAUACAAUUCUUAUAGCCAUAGGCAUUGAUGGGAACAUGCAGAUUUUUUCCUUUGCAUUGCAAUAGUUGCAGGAGAGAAAACUUUAGCUUCGUUAGUUUUUCGAGCAUCUACGUGAGCACUUCACACAGAGAUAAAAUACCAUAAUCUCUUAUUGCCACCCGAGAUUAGACACGCCAUGUAAAAUUUUUACGAUGAAUGGAGGUGGCGUGACAAUGGUGCAAAUGCCACUUUCUUAGAAAAUACCAACACAAACAUUAGCCACAUGAUGUUAUGUUCUGUUCUACUCUUAUCAUUAAUGUGUGCCAUGUUUAAUAUAAACAUAGUUUUUGUCAAAUAACAAUCAUUGCCCACCAACCAAGAAAAUAUGAGUAGAAAAUGAAAGUUAUCCGACAAAUACAGCGGAUGUGUGCAUCAUGAUCUGAAGAGUAAGAUCUAGACAUGUGGACAUUUGGUAUGGGUGUUGGGGUUAGGUUUGGAAUUUCCAAAACUAACUAUGGGAAAACUAUAACUGGAGUGUACAUGGGCUGUAUGCAAUGCCCAUUCCUGCUACAAUAGAGAUGACCUACUCGAGGGCGAACUAGUGGUUUGUUAAAAGACUUCAAAAGACCAUUUUGAGGGAGCAGGCUGGAGAGGUGAUGAAACAUGAACAGUACUAUUUUAGACGUAUAUUUAAUUGCAAAUUUUACAUCAUUUUCGUAUCCUCAUUUUCUUGUUACCUUGGAUUUUCUUGAUAAAUACUCAAAGGUGUGUUUAGUAGUUCCUAGGAUGACUUUUACUAUUUUGAUGCACCCUUGGACCACCUUGGACGAGUGGGAGACAUCAUGGACUAGCUAUUGGAAGUUAGAAAUGGAGAUUUGAGCUAAACCCAUAAUUUAUCGUGAAAUUUAUGUGACCAAACCCCAAAAUGACGGUCUAGGCACUGUUUCUGGAGAGUCCCAGAUCAGCCAAAAAAUGCAUGGAAAUUAUUUACUUGGUGGCAAAGAUGGAGGAUAAGCUAAAGGGAUUUGAAUUUUUUUUUAAUUUUUCUCUCGUCUAGUAGUUUAGGUUGUUUUCCUUUUCUUUUACUUUUGAUUUUCGGCACAAACAAUGGGAAUGAUUCGUUUCAUUCUAUAUAUAUUUUUACCCCUUUGACUUGGUUGUUUGACUUGUUUAGCAUGGACCUAUUUUAUGAUAGAUUUUGGAAUGUUUUAAUAUGUUUCAGGCCAUAGUAGGUGAAAUGGGCGAAAGGAAUGAAAUUCAAAUGAAAGGAAUCGAAAAGGAAGUAAUAUGGUGAAAAGUGCAUGAAUCACUAUUUGGUGGUGAUUAUCAUGGGCAAUAGACCGUGAACAUUACAAGGAGGCCUUGAAGUUCGCAGAUAUCCAGGAGCUUUCAUUUGUCUCGUGGUUGUAAGGAUCAUGGUCUCAAACCAUGAAGUCAACAUGGAAAUCGUUAAGUGGUUACUGAAACAGUGCCUUUUGCACUGAAAUUGCUGUUUUGUUGCAUACUUCACAGGCGUGAUGUGCAACCGUGAAACGUGCACAGUCAAGCUAUAUAUGGAGGAGAUCAGAUUUUUCAAGAGUUGGAGAGUUUAGAGUAAGAUUGGGUUUCUUGUUCCUUAACCUAGAGAGAAACCUACGAACAAGGGAGAAUUGAAGAUUGAUUUGACCUACCCAAGUCAAUAGGAGUCUAGAGUUUAUCUCCAAUGAUCAAUCCAAGCAAUUCUUAAGGAUAAGAAUCAAGUUUCCAUGGGUUUUCCCUCUUUUCUAGUUGUUGUUCUUUCUCUACAAUGGAGUAGUUUCUCUUUUCACUUGAAUGAUGUGAUCCCUAGUCUAGGAUGUUGUAGAUUGAUGUUUUUGAACUCUAUGUGAUGAUGGGCAUGUUUAAUUAUAUAUUGAUGUAGUAUUUCUCAUGUAAAUAGAGUGGCAUUGAUCAA